GCGGAGAGGAGGGUGCGCCAUGACUGAGUCUAGACCUGGGAGAGCCGCGGGCUCGCGAAGGACACGGGUUCGGGGCCUGAGACGGCUCCCGACUUGGGAGAUCUCGGACUCGGACUUUGAAGGCGACGCUACGGCGGAGGCUGGCGCUGGGGCCCGGAGCGCGGCCGGGGAGCUCAGGCUAGCACCUGAGGCACGGCAGCCGGAGAAGGCCUUGGAACGCCUGACGGUGUGCUUGGACCCAGCUGUCCUGGAAGAUGCCGGCUCAGACAUCCUGAUGGAGGCACUGAGCGCCCUGGGCUGUGAGUGCUGCAUUGAGCCGCAGAGUCCAGCCCGAAGCCUGCAGUGGAGUGGAGUGAGGCCUGACCCCCAGGCCCCAGGCGUGCUUCCUGAGGUGUGGGCUGCAGAGGACCAGGAGCUGCUGCUGCUAUUGGAGCCAGAAGAAUUUCUGCAGGGUGUGACUCAGCUUACCCAGGCCUCAGGCCCACCCUGCUCUAUGCCCUGGAUUUCUACCAAGAGCCCUGCCCGCCCCCACGUGGCUGUCAUCGGGCUGGAUGCCUACCUGCGAUCUCACCAGCUGAGUGCCCAGGGGACACAGCAGCCAGAGAGUCCAGAGGUGGCCCAGGCCCAGCUGACCAUUGGUUGGCCUGAGGUGGAAGAGGCCUUGGUCCUUCUGCAGCUCAUCAGAGACCUGGACGUGCUGUUGGUGGCCUCAUGGCAGGAGCUGAGUCAGCAUGUAUGCUCCUUCACCAAAGCUCUUGCCCAGCGUCCCUCCAAGCAAUACCGGGACUCCCAGGCCUUUUCCUUCUGUACAGCAGGGCGUUGGGCCUCAGGCCAGAGAGUGGCCAGAGAUGGCUCUGGGCUGCGGCGGGUGUGGCAGAAGCAGAUCCAGCAGUUUAACAGGGUCAGCCCAGCUGUAGCUGAUGCUGUGGUUGCUGCCUUUCCCUCCCCCCGCCUUCUGCAGCAGGCACUCCUGGCCUGCCGCACAGAACAGGAGCGCCUGGGCCUCCUAGCUGACCUCCCUGUGAAGGCCCACAAAGGCAGGCAGCACCGCAGGGUGGGGCCUGACCUCUCCCGAAGAAUCUGCCUCUUCCUGACCACCACAAACCCUGACCUCCUGCUGGACCUGGGCUCCUGAGUACACCCUCCUGCUGGACCUGGAGGACACCCAUUGGGCUUCCUCCCACAUCCGUCAGCAGGAUAGUAUAUAGCCCAACCCAAGGACUGGACACACUGAAAGGCAAGACCCCAGCCCACCUAACGUAGACUAGAAUGGACUCAGUCCCUGGUUGGCCAGGUCCCAAGCUUCAUGGGAGGGUGAACAGUGGAGAGAAGUUCUGAAAUGAGUAGAAACACCUGCUCUUCCCCAAUCCAGAGUUGGAAGGCAGCAAAAAGACCUGGAGAAGAUGAGGACUCUUGGCUGUGAACCCUCUGGCUUCAAGGGAACCAAGCAGGGCAUGUGUCUAGAAGGGGCUGUCAGGCAGCACCCAAGCAGAUGUUUGAGGGGAGGCUUCCUUGGGAGGAGUGAGAGAUCUUGGGAGAGGAGAACCAGGCUUGCCCCUUUCAAAUUGUUGGACACAGCCAGAACUGACAGGAGGAAAACUGGACACACGAGUGCCCAAGGCCUUGAGGUGGACUCUUUAAUCUUACAGCUGUGUGGGCAUCUGUUACAAUUACUAAAGUCUCUGUGACAGGAGCAGCAGCUGACAACAUGCAAAGCGAGCUAAGAAAAAACCCAGAUCUGGCAGGAACAGAAAGAACGGCCCCAGCAGAGCCCUUCUCUUCCCUGGGGCAGUGGACGCCUGCGCCCCAGCCUCCCAGGCCCACAGUCUGGGUCCAGAGAUGCUCAGGCUGCUCCUCCCAGACACUCAAGGAGAUGCUAGCGGCACAGGUAUGGCUUCUACCCUGCCCGGCACAGGCCGCUGGGUAGACUCACAGACUGGGGCCUUGGAGCCCCUGGAGCAAGACUGCUGGCCCUGGGGGAGAUCGAACAACCCCAGAUGGAUUUCAGCCCAGCUCUCCUCUCUCCUGCCUGCCUGAUGGAACGAGGGCAGGGGUGGAGAGAAUGCCAGUCACAGGCUAAGAAGGCAGUCUUCAUCAGAAAUAAAGUCAGGUCCGUCGGCA